AUGAAAUUUAUUAUAGAUGAAGAUUAUCAAAAUGAUAUUCCAUAUUUUCCAAAAGUUAAAAGAGUCAUCUGGCUUGUCCGUCAUGGUGAAAGACUUGAUAAUGAUAAAGAAGUGAAAGAGAGGGCAAAAAUAGCUGGACACAUUUAUGAUGAAGACUCUGGUAGAAUAUUUUCACUCGACAAUUCCCCUCUAAAUCAAAGAGGGAUGGAAAGGGCUGCAAAAUUAAACAAUGUGUAA